GUGGGCUGGAGAACAUGGUUGGGAUUGUUUUGAUGGGACGGUGGCGGAGCCAUCUUGUUUUAUAUCCGUCCUAAGCCCGUUUACCGAGCCAGAGGAAACAGCCAUGGAAUAUGAUACUAUAUCCCGACCAUAGCCAACUGAAAUAAACACAAUCGAGUAUCGAAGCUCCUUUCUUAUCGACGGAAUAUACACAGCAAGCAGAAUCAGUUGUUCGUUGUGGUUUAUUUGUCAACAUCGGGGCUGGUGCUUUAAGUGCAUUUUCUCUCGCACAUUUUCUCUGGUGUAAGAUACUAUGAAUGGAGGAUAAAUGUUGCCGAAAGCUGACAGCGGUGGUUUUGUGCUUCUCCUCUUCAUUCUGACAAUAACAGAUCCGCCACGGACAGGUCCACGGCUCGCUCUGGCCAGACUGCUGUCAGACCUGCGCUGCAGUCCUGGCCAGUUUGCCUGCCAGAGCGGAAAACUGCAGUGCAUUCCCCUGUCCUGGCAGUGUGAUGGUUGGACGGCCUGUGAGGACAAAAGCGAUGAGAUAGAUUGCCCUACAAUAAAGGAGGAACGGUAUCGUUACAGCAACGGUUUUGAGCCGGUGGAGGACGUCAUGGGUGUUGCUCAGCCAGUGCGCUUCAACAAGAAGUGUCCUAGUGGCUGGCACCACUACGAAAAAACAGCUAGCUGUUACAAAGUCUACCUGAGGAGUGAGAACUACUGGCAGGCGGUGGAAACGUGCCAGAAGGUCAACGGCUCCCUUGCAACGUUCGGCACCAACGAAGAGCUGCAGUUCAUCCUCAAGAUAGAGGUGGACUUCGACGAGAAAGUGUGCGAGCGAAAGGACCAGUGCAAGUUCUGGGUGGGAUAUCAGUAUGUGAUUACUAACCAGAAUCAUUCACUGGAGGGCCGUUGGGAAGUGGCAUAUAAAGGGUCCAUGCAGGUGUUUUUGCCUCCGGAGGGUCUGGCUAACUUUGGCGAGGCGAACCCCACCCAGGAUAACGUUUUCUGCGCCCAGCUGCAGCGCUUUCAGAUAAAGAGCAUGAACGAGUGGGGCUUGCACAGCUGGCACGCGGAAAACUGCUACAAAAAAUUCCCCUUCCUCUGCAAGAGAAGACAAACUUGUGUGGAUAUCAAAGACAACGUGGUGAAUGAGGGCACUUACUUCACACCUAAAGGGGACGACCCGUGUCUGAGCUGCACAUGCCACGACGGCGAGCCGGAGAUGUGUGUGGCCGCCCUGUGUGAGCGUCCGCAGGGCUGCCAGCAUUUCCGCAAAGACCCUAAAGAGUGUUGCAAGUUCACCUGUUUGGAUCCCGACGGCAGCAGUCUGUUCGACUCUAUGGCCAGCGGCAUGCGGCUCAUUGUGAGCUGCAUCUCGUCCUUCCUCAUCCUCUCUCUGUUGCUCUUCAUGGUGCACAGACUGAGGCAGCGGCGGCGAGAGCGCAUCGAAACCCUCAUUGGAGGAAACCUCCAUCAUUUUAAUCUUGGUCGGAGAGUCCCUGGCUUUGACUACGUCCCGGAUGCCUUUGGAACGGGCCUGACGCCUUUGCAUCUCUCUGAUGAUGGUGAAGGUGGAGCGUUCCACUUCCAGGAGCCCCCGCCCCCUUAUGCUGCCUACAAAUACCCAGAUAUCCACCACCCCGAUGACCCUCCUCCUCCAUAUGAGGCCUCCAUCAACCCAGACAGCAUCCUUUACAUGGACCUUGGGCGGUCGGGGGUUCCGCUCGCGACUGGGCAUAUGAGUGGCGUGGUCGACUCUCUCCAGAGGGAUUUCCCCGGGCCGGCGCUCCCCGCCCCACCGCCACCCCUGGAGGAGCGCGAGGACUCCAUCGACAGCAGCACACUACUGGUAUCUCCAGACACCCCCAGCGAAUCAGAGACCAGCAUCACGCAAAGCUCCACCGCAGACUGCAGCAGCGGCCCAUCGCUGAGCACCGUGGUGUAGGGAAGGAGAGAGAGAUCAUAGGGUACGUGUCCAGACUGAUCGCUGAAGGUGUUGGAGGCUGUAGGACUUGGACUCUUUCCUGUUCAGAGCAGAGACUUCAGACAUGAAAGAAAAGACGCUUGUUACAGGUUCUUAUUCGGCGGUUUUUCAGCUUGAGUCACAUGUAAAUACUUCCGUCGGCCAUCGAUUGAGUCGCUUGAUGUUUGGGAGGGCCGAUAGACCACCUCUCUCUGAGGUGUACACUGGCAUGUGUCGAUCACCAUACUUUGAGCGAAUAAACCGGUUGAUAAAAAGACAUUUUAGGCCUUAGUGGUGUAAUUAAAUCAACCUGACGUUCUCUCACUGGAAUCGUGUCCUGCACACUGACUCUUUCCUGGCACAAAGAAGCAAUUUUUCCUUGAUUCAUUACUGCUCUGUCCAAACUGACCCUUCCGAACCCUUUCUUUGUUGGUCAUCCGCCGGCGUUCCUAACACCUGUCCACAUCUACGGGAAGGAUCUGUUUGGAUGUGAGCAAUACCGUGUUCUUAUUCUGUGAUGAUGUCUGGUUUUUACUUUUCUGUCUGUCAGAUCAGUAGCACAAACUUAAAAAUGAAGAAAAAAAAAAGAUUGACUCUUUUAGAUCAAGGUACGAGUUUGUUUCAGCCACUUUUAAGUAUGCUGCUGUGACGUGGUGAUGCAAAUCCAUUGCCUCGUAUUUGAAAAUGAAUGUCAUCACCAUCCUAGAAGCGUUUGGGAUUCUUUUGGGAGAUUAACUUCAAAACUCGGGAGUUAGUUUGUCAUCUCAGCAAUCAAUAUCGGAUUUGCUCAAGUCUAAAAGGGUGAAUUUUAAAAGGGUUAAUUUUUUUUUUUUUUGCAAAAUGUAACUUUUUUAAAAAUAAAAAAAAAAUUGUGGUGAAUAAUGAUAUAUGAAUCUAAAAAAGCUAUCAAGAAAUUUCCCGUUUUCACCCACAACCGAAAGAAAAAAUAAGAAAUUAUACUUUGCAUAGAAGCUUAUUGAACCAUUUAUUUUUAGUGGUCCACAAUAUUUCAAGAAAUCUUUUUUUUUUUUUUUUUGUGCAUUACAGUAAUGAAGAAUUUUUAUUCUUAUUAUUUUCAUUGUGGUAAUGAGAAUUUGGGAGAUUUUGGGAGAUGAUCUGGUCAUUUCUUCAUAAGAUUUGGCCAAAGAAUUUGGCACUAAUAUACAUUUUGAAUUUAGAAUGUUUAAAAAAAACUCAACGUUUACCUAGGUUAUUCGUACUCAUUUUUGCCUCUGAAGCUAAUCUCAAACAGUGUGCUGAAACAAAUCAAGGUUUCUGAAAUAGUUUCUUGAAAUGGUUUCUUGUUGGGAUUCUGAGUUUCUAUUUGUGUUUAGACUUGGCUACGAUGAAUUUGAGAUUUGCUUUCAUGGUCUGUGUGUGUGUGUGUGUGUGUGUGUGUGUGGCUGUAUUUUUCAUUUUCAGCACCUGUAAGUGCUCUCCUCUCAAUGUUGUUUCGAUGUAAAUCACAAAUAAGUAAACCGUUUGUUACUUGACACUAAGUAAAUGUGAGCGUAUAUUUGCACACACAAGCGCAUAAAUGUACAUGUAUGUAAGAGCAAAACUUCUUCUUUUUUUCUUUUGUUUUAGUCAUUUACCAAUUUACAGACUACUUAAAUGCCAUUUGGACAUUUCCAGUGAAUGAAUUAUGUAUUUAAUGAAAUACAUAAGUUAUGAACAUGAGGGAUAGAUUUAGAUUUGGUCUGCAGUGUUGCUGACUGAAAUGUACACUCCUUUUACGAAGUUGUUAUUCUGAUUCCUGGAUUUUGUAAAUGGGAACAUACAAUUUAUUUUUCUGACUGGAAAUGCAACAAAAGCCCAAACUAAGUGACAAUCAGGCAUUUUUAUACAAAGAUAAAGAUGUUUUUGCACAACAAAAGCACACAGCCCUGCUGUGUUGGGCUGAAUGAAAUACAAAGACAAAAAAUUAAUGUGAAGUUGGCAGGCAGAUCCCUUUUUCUUUACUGAAGAUCCAUCACCAGCACCAAAAUAAUUGAGUAUUUGACGUUUAUAAAGACAUUUCUAUCAUCCAGGUAAAUGUUCUUUCACUGUUUAGUCUUUGUUUUGCAUUUAUUUCCAGGGUUUCAUCAGCACAGACAAUCCUGUGAACAUUAGUUUCCUUUUUAUUUUAUGUGCGCUUGUUAAAUGUAUGUAUGUAUAAGCGUGUGGAUUGGUCGUGUGUAAUGUAAAAGUUGGCAUGAAUGUUUUACAGACCUACGGUUGCAUGUUUUACUCUUUUGCGCAUGCAGAGAGGAUGUCUCUUCUGCUGUUGUACUCUUCAUUUCUGCUAUGCUUACAGACACUCGUCUGCAAACUGAGGUACGAGACACAUCUGAUUCCCCUUUCCCACAUACCAUUUGCAAACUUUUUUUAAAAUUAAAAAGUAGAUAUAUAUUUUUUUUUUAGAUAGACUUUGUGGUGCAACAAGGAAAAAAAAGCAUCAUGAAAUGUUUUAUGUAGAAUGCAACAGUUGGUGAAUUUGUCGAUUCUUGAAUAUUUUUUUUUCUUUUUUUAUGUCAUGUACUGCUUUUUUUCUCUGAAGUAGAUGUACAUCUAAUCAAAUGCCAAAUAAAUUGUACCAUGAAGGA